UGCACAGUAGAUCGCGAAAAUAUGCGGAAAAUUAUUGCUUACAUCGGUUUUAUAGCGCUUUUCCAGAGUUGCUUGACUGAAACGCCGGAAAAUUAUCUCCUCAAAACACACAGUCUUCCCUCGGACCUGAAUUUCAUGCCCACCCUGGGCAAUGGCCACGUGGGAUACACGAUCUUCGGAGAUGCGAUCUUCAUGAACGGAGUCUACAACGGAGCCGGCGGAAACAGCAAGCGGGCUCGCAUUCCCAACUGGAUAAAUAUCAGCACGGAAGCUUGUGAUCGCUUCGGUUGUGCCACUGACAACGAUGUGGUAAAUGGAACCAGCUACGAGAUGGAUCUCCGAGAUGGCUACUUCCGGGUUCUCACAACAUACAAAAGUCUAGGGAUUUCAGUGGAACAAAGAACCUAUCCGCACAAGUACUACAAUCGUGCUUUAGUCUAUGAAGUGGUGGCUAAUAGACUUGCCGGCCGAAACUCAAGGAUUAACUCUCCAAAGUUCCUAAGGCUAACCCAAUUCGCUGGCAACUCCAGUGAUGCCUUCGACUUCGUAGUGAUCAACAAUGGCAGCUCAGCCAGCGGAGAUUACCGCACACUUCGCGGACGAACAAAGGUGGUUGAGAACGAGCAGUUCCAACCAGAUCCUCAGGAGAUCUUUGUUCUCUUCAGUGAAUCCUUGGAGCAACCCCUCGAACUGCAGUGGCCCACGUGGCAGGAUCAAUUAAGCCAUCGAGUUAUCCUUACCAUAGACAGAGACGAAAGUGUGGCACGAAAGGAACUGCAGGAUGUGCUUCAGUUGAGCGCCGGUAAUCUUCUCCAGAAACACACCCAAUCGUGGAACAGUUUCUGGGACAAUGAAUUCUCCAUUGAAAUCAAGGGUGAUGCUCUGGAAUUGUCGCAGAUUGUAAAUGCUGGCAUAUUCUAUAUAGUAAGUUCCCUUCCGUCACUGAAAACCAAUCAGAAAAACGAACCCUUCUAUGGAUUAAGCCCUACUGGCUUGGGGCGUGGCAAUCUGGAGGCGGAUUACCAGGGGCACAACUUCUGGGACACGGAGAUCUGGAUGCUGCCGAUAGUCUCGCUAUUCGGCUUGGAUUAUGCAAAAGAGGUUCUGGGCUAUCGCAGCAGAAAGCUGGAGGCAGCUAAAUAUCAUGCAAAUGCCACUGGUUACAAGGGAGCUAGAUUUCCCUGGGAGAGUGCCUACACUGGCACAGAGGUCACCAAUCCCUGUUGUCCCGAGGUGGCGGAACAGGAGAUACAUAUAUCCCCCGAUAUAUCAUUUGCCAUCCAAAAAUUUUUCGCCCAAUCAAACGAUAGCGAAUGGACCUGUGGCACUGCGUGGCCCAUUACCGCCGAUGUGGCCGAUUUCCUCGUGAGCCGAGCCACCUGUGAUGAUUCCUCCAAAACAUGCCACUUGCUAAACGUCAUGGGACCCGAUGAAGAUCAUGCGAAUGUUAACGAUAAUGUGUACACCAAUGCUGUGUCCAAAAUUGCACUAAACUUUGCCGAAUGGUUGGCCAAGCAUUGUGGUAAUGCCAGCACGGAACGUUUGGAAAAAUGGCGCGAGGUCAGCGAUGGUUUGGUGAUUCUAUGCGAUGAGAGCCUAAACUAUCAUCCCGAGUAUGAGGGCUAUGUCCGCGACACCAUUAUCAAGCAGGCAGACACCAUUCUCCUCGGAUACCCAUUGAAUUUCGAUAAAGGCUCCACACACAUUAAUGAUCUACGGUUUUACGCAAACGUGACCCGCGAAUCAGGUCCUGCAAUGACUUGGUCCAUGUUCGCAGCCAACUACCUCCGAAACUUCGAGCUAACACUGGCGAAUGAGUAUUUCGAGCGUGGCUACAAGAGCUACGUACGACCCGAGUUUAAGGUGUGGAGUGAAACGCCCAUGGGCUACGAUGGCUCGGCGAACUUCCUCACCGGCAUUGGUGGUUUCCUGCAAGCUCUGAUCUUCGGUUACGGUAGCUUGGAUUUCGGACGUACUGAUGACGACCAAUUUAUGAUGUUUUUUGGCAUAUCUCUGACGCCGCCAAAUGUUGAAGAAGUCUUUAUCAACUCUAUUCCAUACGGGCAGGGUGCUAAAUGUACAUUUCGAUUUAAAAACAGAUACUCUGAAAUUUCGUGUUACGACAGGAUUGGUAAGGGCUUUCAGAUGUCCCAAGGCCAGAAGAGAACUAUUCUUGGCAGAUCGUUUACCUUGACCCGCCAGAAUGAAGAUCCUCCCAUCGCGAUCAGCUUUUUAAGAUAAAUCCAAAGUGUAUUUGAAUAAAUAUGAAGAAAAUUA